AUGGAAUGGCUCGAUGAAGGUAUCAUUGAAGUUGUACCCGAAAAGGAGCUUGAUUUUUUCUCUCACUGUUUGCCUCAUCGUCCGGUAGUAAAAACAGACAGCACUACUGCAGUUCGCCCCGUGUUUGACGCGUCCUCUAGUGAAAAGGGUUACCCUCCUCUCAAUAAAUGCUUAGAAAAGGGACCGAAUCUGAUUGAGUUGAUUCCGGCGACACUACUCAGGUUUCGCGAAAAUGAGAUUGGAGUAAUCGCGGAUAUUCGCAAGGCUUUCUUACAAAUAGAAAUCAGUCCGAAAGAUCGAGACUACCUACGUUUUCUGUGGUUCUUAGAUGGAAAACUGACAGUUUUACGCCACAGGCGCGUAGUUUUCGGUCUGACCUGUAGUCCAUUUUUGUUAGGAGCAGUCUUGGAGUAUCACCUUUUGCAUACGAUUCCAAAGUGUUUUCUCGAUUUAUGGUCGAGUAAAAAUAUUGAAAAAUUGACGCGAUCGUUUUCCGUCGAUAACUGUAUCACGAGCGUUCAAACAGCCGAAGAAUUAAUCUCUUUCAUCACGGAAGCUAAAGAAAUGAUGAGAAAAGGCAGUUUCGAAUUGAGAGGGUGGGAGUAUACGGGCGACGGCCAAGAGAAAGAAAUGACUCCAGUACUCGGUAUUUCGUUUAAUAAAUUACGCGAUACUUUGUCAAUCAAUCCCAUUUUACUUGGUGAAUAUAACAAGGAGAUAACAAAAAGAAAAAUUCUUUCAGCAACGCAUAAAGUCUUUGAUCCAAUCGGAUUUACCGCUCCCGUAACCUUAAUACCGAAGUUAAUUUUGAGAAAAUUGUGUGAGUUGAAUGUCGAUUGGGAUGUUCAAGUUGAUAACAACUCAGAAAAAGAGUUUUUAUUGUGGUAUGAGCAAUUAACGCAUUUGAGCGAGAUAGAAAUCCCAAGGAAACUCGGAUCAGGCACGUUAUCCCUGCACACUUUUGCAGACGCAAGUCAGACGGCGUACGCCACAGUUAUAUUUUUGCGCGUCGAGAACGAGACUCACGUAGAGCUUAGGCUACUUGCCGCGAAAGCGCGAGUCGCUCCGAAGAAAACAACGAUACCGCGAUUGGAGCUCUUGGCCGCAUCGAUUGCUAGCCGUCAGACCGCCGAGAUAGUGAACGCUUUGCACUAUGGGAACGUACCGAUCUUCUGCUGGUCAGACUCGACGACUGUCUUAGCGUGGCUACAGAGAGAUAGCCAAUGGGGCACAUUCGUUUGGAAUCGCGUUCAGGAAAUACGGCAACUAUCAGCGUCUUGGCAGUGGCAGUAUGUGCCCGGUACGGAAAAUCCAGCUGACCUUCCGUCGCGCGGAUGUCAGGCUACACAGCUGCUCGAAUCGCGUUGGUGGGAGGGGCCGCCUUGGUUACGCGAGUCCUCUAAAACUUGGCCUAAUACAAUAGACACGACAAACGAAGAGGAGGUAAACAGUGAAAUGAAGAAAUCAGCUCAAAUAUCGAUGUUAUGUGGAGAAGUUGAUUUCAGUAUCAUAAACAAAUUUUCGUCGUACGUGAAGUUAAUAAAAUUUUAUACGAUAAUGCUUAGAUUCAAGAAUUUUCUCAUAAGUAAAAAAGCGGUACAAGACAAAUAUAUAUCGCCCAGAGAAAUACGUAGUGUAGAAUGUAAAUUAUUAACUUGCAUACAAAAAACAAUGUUUUUACCCAAAAAAGAUCCGAAGCUAAAAGUUUUGCAAACUUUUGUACACACUGAUGGUUUAUUACGAUUGAAGACAAAAAUUAGCGCACGAAAUGAUAAAUUUCCCUUUUUAUAUCCAGUUCUAUUACACAAUAAUCACAAAAUUGUAGAGCUAAUUAUAUUAGAAAAACAUGAAAAAAUGAACCACGCAGGUGUACAGACUGUGAUGUGUCGAUUAAGAGAGAGAUUUUGGAUUCUAGCCAUGCGAAAGACAGUGAGAAAGGUAAUUGCGACUUGCAUUAUUUGUAAACGUUUUUCGGUAAAGCCAAUGCAAGCAGAUCCACCUCCUUUGCCACUCAAUCGCGUAAGAGAUUGUGCUGUUUUUGAAGUAAUCGGAGUCGAUUUAGCAGGACCUGUAUUCCUUCGUGGGCAGCAAAAGGGCUGGAUCUGUCUCUUCACAUGUGCCGUAUACCGUGUGGUACAUCUAGAAUUAGUUACGUCUCUAUCGACAAUGACGUUUUUGAUGGCGUUGCGUCGCUUCAUCGAUCGUCGUGGACGUCCGGUCGAUAUUUAUUGUGAUAACGGAACGAACUUUGUUGGAGCGGAUUCUGCGUUAUCAAAUCUUAAUUGGAAAGUCAUAGAGACGUAUAGCUCAGCACAGAGAAUAACGUGGCACUUUAAUCCACCCUCGGCACCGUGGUGGGGAGGCUGGUGGGAAAAAUUAGUUGGAAUGGUUAAAGUCAUCUUGCGCAAAGUGCUUGGAAAGAGUUGUCUCACAUAUGAAGAAAUGUGUACAGUUCUCUGCGACUGCGAAAAUACAAUAAAUUCGCGACCCUUGACCUAUGUUUCCGAAGACGCGAACGAUUUGAUACCAUUAACUCCAUCAAUGUUUCUGCGCGAAAACAAAGGCUUCGAAAAUCCUGACUUAGAUAUUAUCAAUAAAGUGAAUUUGACUGCUAGCUAUAGAAAAAAGCAAGAAAUAAUAGAACACUUGCGCCAACGUUUUCGCACGGAAUAUUUGAGUCAGUUGAUACUAAAAGGUAAUAGUGUAAAAGAGUCUCGCUCAAUAAAAGUCGGCGAGGUUGUUCUGAUCGGCGAUGACAACAAAAAACGUAUUGAUUGGCCUUUAGCAAAAAUUGAGAAAUUGAUUCAAGGUCGCGACGGCGUAGCUAGAGUAGCAGUAUUGAAAACCAAAGACGGAAUUUUAAAGCGUCCAUUGCAGCGUAUAUACCCUUUGAAAAUUGGUUGCGAGGAUAGAAAAAAAAUAGAGUUAAUGCGUGGUAAAGAGCAAUCGAUGAACGACAAAACAGCUGCGGAGGAAAAUAAGUUUGAACCUAGUCCAAAUGUAGUAAAAACCAGGAGUGGACGUGUGGUUAAGAAACCUAAUUAUUAUCAGUAA